UGUCUUUCCACUGACAUGGCAGCUACUACUGCUGAUGCUUGGAGACCACGUAGGGUAGCCUUCGUUCAGACCCCUGCCUCUGACCAUGGUUGCCGCUGCCAGGUUCGCUUAAUGCAUCACAAUGACCAGGCCUCGAUAUCGCUGCAGUUGCAACACGCCACUGGCCUUGCUGGGGUCAACAACAAUCCUCCUCGACAAAUCCUGCUCCAUAUCCAGCCAUCGAUUGUUGAGUCUUGUUCAAUAGCUCAGGAGACAUCAAUCUCACCGUUGCUGUUGAAAUGUAUACCUACCUCAAUUGCAGGUCCGUCUGAUGUCUUGACUGUUACUCUUGUUCUGAAGUCUCCUGGUGCUGUGCACUAUCCCAAGGAGCUGAAAAGCGUACAUCCGACUGACCCAGCUGAUGUCGACUUUCAAUCAUUCGUCGAGAUAUGUCAAGCGACAACUCUUUAUGUACGUUUCGCCCAAGCUCAGUUCGACCAACAAGAGAAGCCAAGAUUGGAGCGGCUGGUAGAAGGGCUCAGCAAUGGAGUCCUGAGGGCACCGCCCCUGAACCUCGCUCGAGAGGACCGUGGCAGAGGCUUGCAAGAAGGUACAUGGCAGGUCUUCGACCAACAGGAUUCAGCAUCCAACCACAGUAAGCCAUCGUCAGGGCUAGGCAAGAGAUUAAGACAAGCCUCAGUCUCUUCUUUCGACGCCCCUUCCAAGCGUGCCACUCCCUGUAUAUACACAACUCCUCCUCCCUACUCCCCUACCGAGGUCAACACGACGCCUACAACCAGGUCUGGGCAUUCCAACGAUAUACGACCGACUGUUUUCAUCCUUCCCCCUUAUCGCAAGGAGCUUGUGUCUCCCCCUGAGAAUGGCCAGGUUGCCCUCCUUGCUAACAUGCUUGCCACUGUCCCCGAGCAUGUGCUUCGCGAAGCAAUUAUUGAGUCCGGUCAUGGCCGUCUAUUGGGCCUGGUGUCUGCCGGUGCUGUGCUUGGCAAGCCUCUCGAGCCUCGUCCUCGCCGCUUGUCUAGCCCUCGACUCACAUCCCUGGUCAAAGACCUGUUUACGGCGGAGGUAGAGGCCCGGAUGAAGUACCUCGUGGAGGCCGGACUACCUCUCCAUACCAAGGACGCCAUUGAGAAGGUCAUGGACGAAUAUCAUGAUAUAUUCUACGUCGACUGCCAGGAAGCGGAAGCGACCAUACAAGAGAAGGUCGAAGACGCCUCUUUGGAAGUAAAGAUGGCUCUUGAGGAUGGCAUGAAAGAAAUCGAGGAAUUGGUAGAGGAACAUCUUCAUAAACUGGCUGACGAGCACGAGAUCUUCGAUGGUAAAGCCAACCUUGAGCUUGACAAUCUCAGAUGUUGGUUUGUCAAGUUCGCUCGCACGUUAAUCUUCCAGAAGCAGCCAGGGCAAGUUUCAGGAAGAGACCUG